AAAAAAAAAUAAAAAUAAAAAUUCCCACCCAACAACAACAAUGGAAAACAAAGGUUACACACAAGAUGGCUCCGUCGAUCUCCAUGGCCGUCCAGUCCUCGCCUCUCGAACCGGAAGAUGGAGAGCUUGUUUCUUCUUAGUAGGUUAUGAAGCAUUUGAGAGAAUGGCUUUUUAUGGAGUAGCUUCAAACUUGGUGGUGUACCUCACUACCCAACUUCAUGAGGACACAGUCUCAUCCGUUAGAAAUGUUAACAACUGGUCUGGCUCGGUCUGGAUCACGCCCAUUCUAGGGGCCUACCUUGCUGACUCGUAUUUGGGCCGCUUUUGGACCUUCACCGUCUCUUCUCUUAUUUACGUCAUGGGCAUGGUCCUCCUGACGAUGGCUGUCUCAAUCAAAUCAUUGAGGCCCACCUGCACUGAUGGGCUGUGCGAGAACGCGCAACGGUCGCAAAUCGCGUUCUUCUACACGGCGCUCUACAUAAUGGCUGUGGGCUCUGGCGGCACAAAGCCCAACAUCUCCACCUUCGGCGCCGACCAAUUCGACGAUUUCGACCCCAAUGAAAAGAGGCUCAAGGCCUCAUUUUUCAACUGGUGGAUGUUCGGUUCAUUUCUAGGUGCGCUUAUUGCCACCAUUGGCCUCGUGUACAUACAGGAGAAUGUGGGCUGGGCCCUUGGGUAUGGGAUUCCUACUGUUGGGCUUUUGGUAUCUUUGGUGAUAUUUUAUGUUGGGACUCCAAACUAUAGGCAUAAAGUGAGGAACAGCAAGAGCCCUGGUAAAGAGAUUGUUAGAGUUUUAAUAGCUGCAUUUGGUAAUAGAGGGCUAAAGUUGCCUGAUGAUUUGGAGGAGCUUUAUGAGGUAGAAGAUGAGCAGUAUGUGAUCAGUGGGAAGAGAAAGUUGCAUCAUACUCCGGCUUUUAGGUUUUUAGACAAAGCGGCCAUAGGACAAGCCCCCAACCCUUUCACAGUAACUCAAGUGGAAGAAACCAAGCUAGUCAUCUCCAUGUUCCUCGUCUGGCUCACAAUCCUGAUCCCGACCACAAUUUGGGCUCAGGUCAACACCCUCUUCGUCAAGCAGGGCACCACCCUCGACCGCUCCCUCGGCAGCCUCCAGAUGCCUGCAGCGUCGCUCAGCAGCUUCAUCACUUUCUCGAUGCUCAUCUCUGUUCCUCUUUAUGAUCGGUAUUUCGUGUCGUUUAUGCGUCGGCGUACGGGUAAUGCGCGGGGAAUCACUUUGUUACAGAGGCUGGGUAUUGGGUUUGUACUCCAGGUUUUGGUUACCGGGGUGGCCUACUUCGUCGAGCUCAAGAGAAUGCAGGUAAUCAAGCAAAACAAUACAGACGGACCAAAAGACAUUGUACCCAUGACCAUCUUCUGGCUCCUACCACAAUACAUUCUACUCGGUAUCGCCGACGUCUUCAUCGCCAUCGGAAUGCUCGAGUUCUUCUACGAUCAGUCACCGGAAGAGAUGCGAAGCUUAGGUACAACAUUCUUCACAAGCGGGAUCGGCGUCGGAAACUUCAUGAACAGCUUCUUGGUGACAGUGGUGGACAAACUAUCAAAGAGAGGAGGAAGAAAGAGUUGGAUUGGGAACAAUUUAAAUGACUCCCACUUGGAUUACUAUUAUGGGUUUAUAAUGGUGAUGUCAGUGUUGAAUCUGGCAGCGUUUUUUUGGAUGGCGAGGGGGUAUAAUUAUAAGAAGGAGGCGUUGAAGGCGAGUGCUGAGAUGGAGGAUAGAGCCAUAGACAGUGCUUCAUUGGGCCUGCAGGUGUAGGGGCCAAAAGCCCACUGUUUAUUUGGAAGAUAAACAGGAUAAUGUUAAAUACAAAGGUACUUAUACUACUUUGUUACCUUGAGACACAAAUAUGUAGGAUUUCGAUGUGUCUUGUAUCGAAGUUGUGCAGAAGUUGUAGUAUAUUUAUGGCGACUUAUAACAAAAAGUAAAUUGUAUAUAUUCUGCACUUUUCAGUAUCAUCCCUCAGCUUGUUUCUAAUAACACUUGUUAUCCGUGUGAUUGCCAUUUUGAGAAACAUA